AAGGUCCCGCCCCGGUGAGCUACUCUACUGUUGGUGCUGUCUCUUCUCUUUCUCCAUCUCUGGCCUUUUACGACAGCAGCUUCCUGCAUCUCUCCGCUGCCUCCUGACCUUACUGCACGUACACGCAACCUGCCAACAUGACUCAUGCGUAUCCAUUUCUGGGAGCUGAGCAGAAGAAGGAGCUCAGUGAUAUCGCUCAGAGGAUUGUGGCUCCUGGAAAAGGCAUCCUGGCAGCUGAUGAAUCCACAGGCAGCAUGGCCAAGCGCUUCCAGAGCAUCAACGCUGAGAACACGGAAGAGAACAGGAGGCUUUACCGCCAGCUCCUCUUCACCGCCGAUGACCAGGUCAACCCCUGCAUCGGUGGCGUCAUCUUCUUCCACGAGACGCUCUACCAAAAGACGGACGAUGGCAAGCUCUUCCCCCAGCUGGUCAAAGAGAAGGGCAGUGUGGUGGGCAUCAAGGUGGACAAGGGUGUGGUUCCCCUCGCAGGCACCAAUGGAGAGACCACCACUCAAGGUCUGGAUGGGCUCUACGAGCGUUGUGCUCAGUACAAGAAGGAUGGCGCCGACUUUGCCAAGUGGAGAUGUGUGUUAAAGAUCACCCCCACCACACCGUCCAACCUGGCCAUCAUGGAGAACGCCAACGUACUGGCCCGCUACGCCAGCAUCUGCCAGAUGCAUGGCAUCGUGCCUAUCGUGGAGCCUGAGAUUCUUCCAGACGGUGACCACGACCUGCAGCGCUGCCAGUAUGUGACUGAGAAGGUGUUGGCAGCUGUCUACAAGGCACUGUCUGACCACCAUGUCUAUCUGGAGGGAACACUGCUCAAACCCAACAUGGUGACUGCCGGACACUCCUGCCCCACAAAGUACAGCCCUCAAGAGAUUGCUAUGGCAACUGUCACCGCCCUGCGCCACACUGUGCCCCCUGCAGUGCCAGGUGUGACCUUCCUGUCAGGCGGUCAGAGUGAGGAGGAGGCCACCCUCAACCUGAACGCCAUCAACCAGUGUACACUGCACAGGCCCUGGGCCCUCACCUUCUCCUAUGGCAGGGCCCUGCAGGCCUCAGCAUUGAAGGCCUGGGGAGGCAAGAAGGAGAACGGCAAGGCCUGCCAGGAUGAGUACAUCAAGAGAGCCCUGAAUAACAGCAAGGCAGCUAUGGGGCAGUAUGUGUCCUCUGGACAGAAGGGAGCUGCAGCUCAGGAGUCUCUGUUUGUGGCCGACCACGCCUACUGAAGUCAGCCAGGCUCCUUCUCCUCAACACACUUCAACCCCAUUCCACCCAGUCACCCCACUUCACCCCUUCCCACCACAUUCAGCUUGAACCUGCUGCCUGAAAUGUCCUGAGUCAUACAGAUUAACCGACAAUCCAACAACAUAUUAUUUCAUCGAUGGUGAGAGCCUGAUGAUGUCCUGGAUAAAAAACCAUCAUGAUUUGUAAAAGUUGACGCCAUUACCCAUCAGCCCAGUGUAAACACUGCAGCUUCAUCCUCACUUUGAGUUUGACUUUGCACCUGUAAAGUCAGUGUUACUGUACUGCCUGACUGAGUGUGUUUGUCACUUUAUUUUGAGUUUAUGCACUUAAAUCCCACAAAGAGAAUGAGGAAGUCCCCCUUCAUUGUCCUCAGUUUGUAGUUCAGUCUGAGAUUUCUAACAUUGUCCUAAUAAUUCUGAAGUUAAUGUGCCUUCAUUAUUUAACUGAACCAACUGCUGGAGGGAGACUUUGUGCAGGAAAAGUAUAAUGAAUCUACAGUAUUAGUAGAUACACUGGAAAGAGAUUCAAAUUAAAAUAUUCCACAACUAAUCA